GUGAAAAAAGAAAGGGUUUUUGACUCCAAAAUUUCGUCCAGUGUGUGCUCCUCUUAGUCUCUGAGUUCGUGCAAAUCAGUAGCGGCCAGUGGAGGCCCUCUCUUACUUUCCUCCGUUUCUAGCCAAACACAGGUGCUUCCAUUUGAACGUAGUACUUUGACAACAGUUAAGUGUUAGCAAGAUUUCCACUAUGGAAGUUACGGCUAAUAAUGAAGAUAGUUCCCUCAUUCUGAUUAAGCAAGGAGCUGAAGCUAGAGUUUUUGAAUCAACAUUUGUGGGAAGGAGGUCUAUUGUGAAGGAACGCUUCUCAAAGAAAUACAGGCACCCCUCUUUGGAUUCAAAACUUACUCUCAAGCGCCUCAAUGCUGAGUCUAGGUGCAUGACAAAAGCAAGACGACUUGGGGUUUCAACUCCAGUGCUGUAUGCUGUGGACCCUGUGCAGCAUACCCUGACAUUUGAGUAUGUGGAAGGCCCUUCCGUUAAAGAUUUAUUCCUUGAAUUUGGGUUGCACGGUAUUGUGGAAGAGCGGUUGGAUGAUAUUGCAGUGCAGAUUGGUGUUGCAAUUGCUAAAUUACAUGAUGGUGGUCUCAUUCAUGGCGACUUGACCACAUCAAACAUGUUAAUUAGGAACGGUACAAACCAGCUGGUCCUGAUUGACUUUGGUCUGAGCUUCACAUCAACCCUUCCGGAAGACAAAGCUGUUGAUUUAUAUGUACUUGAGAGAGCCUUGGUUUCAAUGCAUUCUUCAUGUGGCAAUGUGAUGGAUCGAAUAAUUGCCGCCUAUAGGAAGUCCUCAAAGCAGUGGUCAUCCACAAUGAACAAGCUCGCCCAAGUGCGUCAAAGGGGUCGAAAACGCACCAUGGUUGGAUGAGCCUUCUUCAUUCUUCAAUCAUGUACUAUGGUAAGAUGAAGAGAUGCCCAUAGUGACCAAUUAGUGUUAUGUUGCGGUAAUUUAUUACCACUUUUUAGUUAUCAAGUUAUGUAUGUUUUGAACCUUUGGUCCGCUGAUUAUGAUUUAAUGUAUUAAUAUCAGUGUUAUGUUCAGCCUUGGUUGGACAUAACUGCAUAUAUGUGAUACAAGAACAGCCUUGUAAUUAAAAUUUAUGAAAUUUACUGAAUGAC